AAGGCUGUACAAUCUUCUAUAUUCAAAUCUUCAUCUGAUUAUAUAAUACUCGUCGAUCCUGUAGCGAGACAGCUUGUGAUUAUACAACACAUAUCUCGAGUUGACCAGCACAUCUUGAUCCGUUCAGUGUUUAUCCACUCUUUUCACGGUCACCCUGGCUAAUUACAGUGGAAACUCGCUUUUUCUCGGUAUAACAUCAGUGAAAGUAUUCUACACAGUUUUAUUAAACCACAGUGCAGUGAGUUUUGAUAAGAGCUUAAGGGUGAAGAAGUAGGGGGAGAAAUAAUAAUAGGUGAAGAGGAUAAAGGAAAGGGAAACGUAAUCAGACUCGUGACCGAUCGCCCAAGCGGCUAACGAGCCGAUCAGUGGUGAAGAGGAUUAAAAAAAAGAAGAGAUAAGACUGUGAGUGGUGGGGACAGUUGCCAGUUGUACCUUUAGUGUGGACAUUGUCUCGUGGUGUACGGGAGAAAGUUGGUAACAAAUGAAAGUAAAAAAGAAAUUGUUCAUCACACACACACGCGGCAUGAAUCAAUAUAGUCAUCAUUAGUAAGUGCUGCACACCAGGUGACUCCUCGUGCUCUGUGAGUGGAUGAGGUGUGAAUAAGCAGUAUCUCGGCUACAAACACGGCCACGAACAGCCCACAUGACGCCCAUAAUUAAAGGCUCGUGUGUAAUUAGCGAUGCGUUUCUCUUCCCGCAUGUGGACACCAACACGACACAGUAUACGGCAGAGUGAAGGGAGGUGACUGAAGCGACGCCGUACCAGAGGGUGAAGCAUGAUGAGUGCGUUAAGGAUUCAACGCCUCAUGUACGUCGUGGGUUUCCUGGACCUUCUGGGAGUGAUGCUCAUCAUCCCUCAGCUCGUGGUGCACCUGCGACGUAUGGGCAUGACUCCACUAGUGGGUGGAGUUGUACGUUCUUUCUAUGGCAUCCUGCAGUUAGUGUCAGCCCCCUUGGCGGGUCGGUGUAGUGACAGGUGGGGGCGACGGCCGCUGCUUCUGCUGGGUCUUGUGUUGUCAGCUGUUGGCUAUGUGACUCUCGGGGCUUCUCAAUCCUUAUUGGUUUUGGUGGUGUCAAGAAUUAUAGCAGGAAUCUUCAAACACACCACAACAUUAUGUAAAGCAGUGUUGGCAGAUGUCACUUCUCCUGAUGAAAGGUCGCAGGUAUUUGGAAAAUAUGGCGGUGCAUUAGGUCUGGGCGUCAUCGUGGGACCUGUACUGGGAGGGCACCUGACGGAGCUGGAGGGUGGCGGCUUCUCUCUAGUUUGUAACAUCUGUGCUGUGAUUUUCCUGGUUAACUUUGUGUUGUGCUUGGUGCUUCUUCCUGGUGUGUUGCCGUCUCCCCAACCUGUAAAUUCCCAGCCGACACAAGAACAUUCAAUCUGUGUUCAGAGACAACCAAGCCAAGGACAACCACUUCUGGAGCAGUUAGUUCUGGAACAACCUGGGCAGGAAGGAUGUGGCCAAGGACAACCACUUACUGAACAAUUAAUCCUGGGACAAUCAGAACAAAAACUGUUAGUCCAGAAAGAGGUAGAGACAACCAAUGGUCACUCACUCCAUGGUGAAUCAGAUCAGAAACAAAUGGAGACAGAGUCACUGAGCCAAGUUUUCCAGUUCAUGAAGGAUGUCGACUGGCAAGUGUUUGGUGACAUUUUCAUAAUAGAUUUCUUCAUGACAUUUGCUUCCUAUGCCUUCAGGUCCAGCUUUGUCUUGCUAAUUGAUCAGAUGUUUGGUGCAAGCCCAAAGACUAUUGGCUACAUCAUGUCAUUUCAGGGAACCAUUGGAGCAGCUGCUGGGUUCUUCACAGGGAAGGUGUCCCAUUUGUAUGGUGACUCACAACGUGAACUGUUUCACAGUUGUGUCCUACAGGCUCUGUCUCUGCUUGGCCUCACUGUUGCCCCAACAGUCACUUUAUUUAUCAUCUUGUUAGUCCCACUUUGUAUAAGUGGAACCAUCAUACAAACAAGUGUCUCGACCAUCAUAAUUAGUCGCUGUAAUCCUCAAAAGAUUGGCGCAGUAACUGGCUUAGGACAGAGUAUCCCAGCAGUGGCAGGAAUGACAACUCCAAUCCUAGCAGGACUAGCACAGGAAAUUAGUGUGUAUGGUCCAGGAAUAAUAGCAUCCUUGUCAGCUUUUAUGGGAGUAACUCUAGCUGGUUAUAUGGCACAGAGAAGGAAAACCAAAGUAGAAUAAUUUAAUAGCUUACACACUUCAGUAUUACUACUUCCUAGAUAUAAGUUUUACUAUUUUCUUCUUUUUCCUGUAUUCAAUAAAUAACUUAUUAUUA